AACUAAAUCCCAAAUAAAUAGUCUAGGAUAUCCUCGGAGUAAACCUACUAUAUAAAUCAAAGAGUGAGUUCAAUCGCCAUUCGCCCGUUGGCACAAAGAGAGAGAGAGACAUCUAUGGGACGGCCACGGCAGCACAGUACAACCGUUUUCUCCUUAAUUUCUCGAUACAUUGGAAGAAACAAGAGGGACGCAACUGCAAUGGCAGAGUUGGAAUUAUGGCAAUGACCAUUGGCUUCAAAAGAAUAGUUUGAAAUCAGAGAAUAGCCUAAUGAAACCGGAAAGUGAAAUCAUAGAAUACAUUCAUGAAACAGAGAAGGUUCAAAUCAGAGUAAUAGCAUAAUGACACAGAGAAGGAGAAAUCAGAGCGUGUGGGACCAAAACAAAGAAGAGCGAGAGACAAGCGCGAAAAAAAAAUAUUUUAGGUCACGCAUUGCUUUGACUCUCAAAGCACAACGGGAAAGAGCACAGCAUGGAGAGAAAGAAACCUCUGCCCACUGGGCACAGACGUCAAUUCAACGUCUAUUCCAAGUUGGUUCAAAUUAAUUUCAUUGGGUUGUAACAACGUUGAUUCAACCAGUGUGUGCUCAGUGUUCGUACUUCGUCCACUAAAUACUUUCCAAGACGAUUUUUCUUCUUGAAGUGGUAUUUUUUUUAAACUGGCAACUGAGAAAUUGUAGCUAAAAUAGGUUAAGACGAAGAUGAUGAAGUGACUACCUGGGGGUAAAUAAUAAACAAUACUCGGCGGCACGGUCCCUUCCCCGAGCGCAGGUGGAUCCAGCUAAGCGGCGGAACAGGGUUUUGGACGAGGACAGGAGCGGCAACGCACCAACCACAAUAACCUCUGAACUACCAGUCUACUACACCGUCAAAGAAUAGGCCUGCCAUUCAUUCCUAGAUCUGCUUCUGGGUGUCCAUAUGAUGCUAAAUCGCUUCACAAACUGGAUGUGUAUCAGAACUUCAGUAUGGUGAAAAUGGAAUAAUCCAAGUGAUGUGGCCACUGUAGAACGGACAUUGAAUGGGCGCACAGCGCACAAAUCAAUUUGCACUAUAGGAGUGUAACCCUACUCAACUGAUUAUUUUGUUGGCUUUCCAAGCGUGCUUUUGUUGGAAUAAUACCUAGUUCUCUCAUUUGGACUAUAAUAGGCUGUAAGGAUGUCUGAAGCACUCGCCCCAGCCCAGGUGCUCUACAUCGGCAUGGAGGUGGUGAUUGCCUUUUUUUCCGUCCUGGGUAAUGUAAUGGUGGUCUGGGCGGUGAAAAUUAACAAGUCGUUGAGAGACACAACAUUCUGUUUCAUCGUUUCUCUGGCCCUGGCGGAUAUCGCAGUGGGAGCCCUCGUCAUCCCCUUGGCGAUAACUAUCAGCAUCGGACUCCAAACUCACUUCUACAGCUGCCUGAUGGUCGCGUGCACGGUGCUGGUACUGACGCAAAGUUCCAUCCUGGCCCUCCUGGCCAUUGCGAUUGACCGCUAUCUCAGGGUCAAGAUUCCAACCAGCUAUAAGCGUGUGGUGACAAAGCAGCGAGCGGCCGUGGCGGUGGUGGUGUGUUGGACUGUGGCCUUCAUUGUGGGCUUGACCCCCAUGCUGGGCUGGAACAACCUCUGGAGGCUACAGCAGAACGGUUCCCUGAACGAGGAUCUCAUCAUCACCUGUCAGUUUGAGAACGUAAUCAGCAUGGACUAUAUGGUCUACUUCAACUUCUUCGGCUGGGUCCUGCCUCCUUUACUCCUCAUGCUGGUCAUUUACACAGAGAUCUUCUACAUGAUCCACAAGCAACUCAACAAGAAGGCUUGCACCACCAACCACACCGAUCCCAACAAGUACUACAACAAGGAACUCAAACUGGCCAAGUCGCUGGCCCUGGUCCUCUUCCUGUUCGCCAUCAGCUGGCUUCCCCUCCACAUCAUCAACUGUAUCACGUUGUUCUGUCCGACCUGCGACAAACCCCUGUUCCUGAUCUACAUCGCUAUAUUACUCACGCACGGCAACUCAGCCGUCAACCCCAUCGUCUACGCCUUCCGCAUAAAGAAGUUCCGAGACGCUUUCCUGAAGAUCUGGAAGCAGUACUUCUGUUGUAAGGACGUACCUGCCAUUUUGAACCAGCCUAGUGAGAAGGAUAGGCAAGAGAACCAGAAUGGCAAUGGAAACGGGAACGGGAAUCCUAAUCCGAACAGAGACUCACAGCCAGCUCUAUCGCCACCGCAAGAAGGGCAGCAGCCUUCACUAGAGCAGAUGCAGGAGGCCAAGCCCCAACGGCUACAGUCUCACAAUGAUGACCCAACACAGCAGAAACCCCCAAUGGAGCUCAACAAUAUCUAACUAACCCCAGAACAAAAGGGCGUUUCUACAUUGAUGUGUCUGAAACCCUAUGAGUUUCUAUGUCUUGGGAGAUGAAUAGAGAUUUUUUAACAGGAGUCAGAGGCAUCCUCAUAGUCAUUCUGAAUGUAUAGCUAGCUACCAAUGGAUGAGUGUGACAUGAUGAAAGAAAAGUUUAACCAGUUUACUUUUUGUACCUUGCACCUGAAAGUCAUUGGAUGUGUGUGUACACUUUUUUUGAAUGGAGUGUGGCAUGAUACCUACUGAAUGGAAGGAUUCAGGAGCAGAGUUUGGCAACUUGCAGGACUUGUAAAGAUAUCUUACAGACAGUGAAAUCACAUUUUAACAGGCGGAGGUGUAUUUGAGUUUUAGGCGGAGGAAAAAACAUUGAAAAGGAGUAUUAGGGUUUAUACGGUAAAAACAUUGAAAAGGAGUAUAUAGCCCCACGGUGGAGGUGUCAUAAUACCCAUAAUACCUAGCGGUCAAACAGGUAAAUGGUUCCAAUCGUUUUUCCACCAUUCAUUUUUCCCAUAGGGGACUUUAGAAACACUUCAAAUAAGGGCUGUGUUUCAUGUAUGCUUGCCCUGGCGUGACGGUUUGAUAACCAUGUAAAUCUCUCUCAGACAAAGUGACUUUUAUCAAUAUAUUCGCCUCUAUUUACUCUCAGAUUCGAAAAUGCCAGUUAGCAUCAAAGUAGAAAUCCCUGCACAUCAUCUCUAGCUGACACCUUUGCUAACAGGUAUUGUGUCAGUUUAAAACUUGCAUAAGACAAUUAACAGAAUUGUCCAUUUAAAGAAAUGUAGCCAAUUUAUUAAUUACCACAUUUAGCUAACAUUGACCCUGCUGGUUAUCUAUGAAUGUUUGAACAUCUUGGCCAUGUACUGUUAUAUUUCUCAAUCCGGCACAGCCAGAAGAGGAUAUGCAGAGGAUACCCCUCAGAGCCUGGUUCCUCUCUAGGUUUCUUCCUAGGUUACUGCCUUUCUAGGGAGUUUUUCUUAGCCACCAUGCUUCUACAUCUGCAUUGCUUGGUGUUUGGGGUUUUAGGCUGGGUUUCUGUAUAGCACUUUGUGACAUCAGCUGAUGUAAAAAGUGCUUUAUAAAUACAUUUGAUUGAUUGAUUCAUAGUUAAUCCAGAGAUUCUUACCUUUGCCUCGAUUCAGCAGUCUCAUCCAGAUCAACAUGGCAUUUUUAGUUCUUUAUGAUAGCCACACUAGCAACUAAUUAGCAUUUAAUUUUGGGGUGGUGAAAACAGGCAAAUAUAUUGAUCAAUUUCACCUUGUCCUAGAGAGAUUUAUAUGGUUAUCAAAACGUCACGCCAGGGUAAGCCUACAAAAAACAUCCCUUAUUUUAAGUGUUUUAUAAAUCCCCUAUGGAAAAAAAUGUAUUGUGGAAAACCGAUUGGAAUCAUUUCCCUCUUUGACCGUUUGGUUUUAUGGGUAUUAUGACUCAUUCUGUGGUACUCUAUUAGGGUUUAUAUGGUAAAACCAUUGAAAAUGAGUAUUAAAGUUUAUACGGUAAAGACACUGAAAAAUAGUAUUAGGGUUUAUACUGUAAAAACACUGAAAAGGAGUAUUAGGGUUUAUACUGUAAAAACACUGAAAAAGGAGUAUUAGGGUUUAUACUGUAAAAACACUGAAAAAGGAAUAUUUGGGUUUUAUACGCUAAAAAAGGGCAAUGAAAAAAUUGCAAUAAUGUAAGGGCACUAUUCAAUCAGAUCUGCUUUAGCCGUCAUCCGUAUAGUGGUUGUUAUGGAGGUGUCGGAGAUGAAACUGCUUUAGAGCUGUCAAGUCCACAAGCUGCUCCUGGCAUUAUAUCUAAAGCGGACAUUGCCAUUGGCUGCACGGAAUCCUAUGUAGCCUUGUUUACAAUUUCGAAUGUUCGAUGUAAUCUAGGCUGAUAGAAAUCCUCAUUCUUUUGUAUAAUGAUUUUCAAUUUGAGCAUCAUCUAUAUAGCCUAGACUUUCUCAUUCUGAACUUCUAACGUGAAUGGGAGGGGUGUGGCUUUGUGACAAUGAUUAAGAGCAGCUGCUCACCGAUUUGACAGCUCUAACGUAAUUACACCUCCGACACAGCCAAAACGUCAGGUAUACGGGUUUUCGGUUAUCGCCAGUUAACGCUUGAUCUGAUUGAAUCUAGGCCUAAGUCUCUUUGAUAAUGAGACAUUUUAAUAACAAACUAAUCUGAAGACACUAAGCUUCAACUUACGUUAACAGAACAGUGGGUCUUUAUGACAUUGUGAAAUUGGAAAGGAACUGAUAAUUGAUACGAUUCUCAUCACAAAAUGUGCAAAAUACAACACUGACUGUGAGGUUAAUCAAUGUCACGUUAUUAAAUGUUUUACAUUUUACAAUGUACAAAGAUGGCUUAUGAACCAAUAUUUUUUGUUGCAUUAUUUAAAAAAAAAUCUUUAUUUAACUAGGCAAGUCAAGAACAAAUUCUUAUUUACAAUGACGGCCUACCCCGGGCCAAACCCGGAAGACGCUGGGCCAAUUGUGUGCCGCCCUAUGGGACUCCCAAUCACAGCCGGAAGUGAUUCAGCCUGGAUAAAACAACAUGAAAAUGUGACUUAAAAGGGUUCCAGAUGUUCCAAUUAUCAAAUGAUAAGGUUCAUCUUCCUGCUGUUUAUUAAACUGUAUUGAUUUGUGCUGAGAAAGGCUUAAUAUGAAUGUAAUGAUGUGAAUGUCAAUUAAAUAUAGCUACUGUGGCAGCUCAUCAGCUGUGAAUGAACACAUCUUGAUUCAGAAGUUAAGACACAAGAAGCACAGCAGAGGAAUGAGUGGAGCUCUGUUCUCUUCUCCCCUCCCCUCUACACCACUGCUCUCCCCUCCUGCUCUCCUCUCCCUUCUACACCACUGCUCUCCCCUCCUCC